AUGGAGCCCGAAGUCGAAGAGGCUGCGCCGCCUGCUUCACUCUUCCCUUCCGUGGCCUUUUCAUCCUCUUCUUCUUUUCCCUCUUCUUUGUCUUUUCCGUCUUCUUCUCUUCCGUCCUCUUCGUAUUGUCCCGCGUGCAGCCGCUUCUGCCAGAGCAGCGCAGGCGACGGCGAAAGGAGGCGGCUGCGUGCCUUGACUUGUGCGUCUCGAAGCUGGGAUGAGACGACCACUGCCGCGUUCGAGAAGCGCCUAGAUGACUUGUCCGUGCUCUUCUUCAUCCGGCUUUGUCUCGUGAAGGCCUUCACAGAGGGAGGAGAUGACGGAGGGAGCGACGAAGAGGCAGGGGAGCCUCUUCUGUCUCAGGAAGCGGCAUCUCACUGCAGCAAAGAUGCGCCGCCUCUCCGCGCCCCUCCGGCUGCUUCUUCUUCUCUCUCCUGUUCAUCUCCUCGCUUGUCUUCCUCUUCCUCCGCAUCCGCAUCUUCUGUCUGUGCGCCUAGGGAAGCAGGGAUCUGCGACCCCCGCGAGGCGGAUGUGUGGAGCGGAGACACCCCAGGGGACUCGCGCUCCAGCGGCUUCGGAAGACAGAACCCACGAGGGGCGAGACGCCUGCCGGGCAGCAAGAGGCGCCGAGGAGACCGCGAAUCCCCCGCAGGACCUCCCGUUGCUUCCCCUCUGCGCGGGCCUCCUCCACGGCGGGCGGCGCUGCUCGACGCCCUCCGCAGCGGCCUCGCGGCUCUGUUCGGCGCAGACGAUCUGUGCGCGGCUGGAUCUGCGAGCGCGACAGAAGACUCGGAAGACGAACACGACGCCGACCACGCGGAGGAGGAUGACUCCUGCGACGCGGCCCGCUCGCCUUCUCACUGCGGCGCCUGCCGCUUCCAUCGGUGGCCUCCUUCGCUAUCUCCGCAGCCGCCCGCGGCUUCCUCGGCGUCUGCGCCUCUGCCGGCGGGCGGCCUCCCCCCGUGCGGUCACGCAGAAGGCGCGCGCGCGAAAGCCCCCUCGCGCGCGUCUCGCUCGCCGUCCUUGGCGCUGUCGUCCUCCUUUUCUCCCUCUCUUGCUUCGCCUCAGGUGUGCACGCCGGCGCUUGCGCUGCUGCACCGCGUGCUGGCGCGAACGGCUGCCGGCGCGUCGGCGUGGAGGCGGCUGGCGGAUUCAGUUUCGCGCGCCUCGCGGGACCUCUCCUUCUUCUUCUCGGUGCUUCGCGACGCCUUCUCGCUCCUGAACGCUUGCGUCGGCGCCGAGUCUGCUCCGUCGUCGGCUUUCGCCCUCUCCCCUGUCGUCAUUGAUCUCGUCUGUGUGCUGAGUGACUGGCGGACGCCUGGUGCGGCGGGGCGGCGCGGGCUUGAGGAGGACAUACUCAAGGUGAAGCGCGAGCGCGGAGAGCGCCUCGCUGGGCGGCGUGGCGCGCGCCAGUUACAGGAUGACGCAGACGACCCACGCGACGCCCGCAGGGCACGAGCGAGGCGAGGCGUGCGCAGCGGACAGCAGAAGGGAGGCAGCGAGGCUUUCGACAGACUCACCUGGUCGCGGCAGGGCUUCACAUUCGCAGACUGGUGCGUGGAGGUCCUCCCGCGCCUGGCUCGCGACGUUGAGGCGGAUUUUCAGGCCGUUCUGCAGCUCCAGGCGCUUCUCCGCUUCCUCCUUCCUGCUGUCGCAGCGGCGCCCUCCCCCGACUCCUCCUCCUCCUCCCUCCCCAGUGUGUUUUUGGCUCGCCCGUCUGCGCUGUCUCUGCCACGCGGGCCUCCGGUUGCCUCCUCGCCCUCCUCUUCGUCCCUCUCCGCGCCGCGCGUUUCUUCGGCGCGGCGCGCGUCGGUUGCUGCGAUUCGCGAGGCUGCAUGCGCAGGCGACGUCGAGGCAGCGGCGGGCGUGACGCUCGGCGCGUCAGCGCCUCCCUCUUCGGCGGCGUUUCCCUCUUCCUCCCCGCCCUGCACACGAGGGCACUCGCACGCCGCGGAAGACUCCACGGAGGGCCUUCUGCCGCCGCUGGCUGUCUCCACACUCGGCUGGCUCUGUGGCGAGGACGACGGCGAAGACGCGCAGCGCCUCGAGACUAGACGACUCAUCGGGCGCGCCGCCGUCCUCAGCCAGAAGUUCUUUCUCGGCAGACUCCCCGCCGCCCUCCGCCGCGGACGCCUCAAAGAGGCCGCCAGACUUGUCCGACGGGCCUUCCAGUCGUGCGCCUCUUACGGCGGUGAGCUGAUGCACGCGAUGGCGUUGAGCGAGGUCGGCGUGCACGCGGGCGACAACAGCCACGCACUGGAGCUCCUUUCGUUCGCGUUCGGGCGCGCCUGUCUGCUCCUGUCGCUCUCACUCUCUCCCUUCUCUGCGGCGCGAGCCGAGCGUGCAGAGUCGGGCGAGGGCGGCGCCGUCGCCAGCGCGCCCUUGGUCUCCGCUUCGCGGCACACGGAGAACAAGUUCCUCGUGCGGCUUCUGGCGGCGUUGGAGGCGCCGCGAGUGCCUUCUCCGGAGUCGGCAGGCGGCGGGGGGGGCGAGGAGCGAGGCGCGAGCGAGGUGUGGGGUGUCUUCAGCGGCGGGACACCCGUCUCCGCCGCCGCCGCGCUGAGCCUCUUCGUCCUCGGCUUCGUCAGUCUGCGCAUUUCGCGGCUCCUCCUCGCCUUCCCUGGCGAACUGUCCUCUCUCUCGUGCGACCCGCUAGACACGCUCUUCGGCCUCUAUCCGCCGCCGGGCUCCCUCCCUCGCCUGCCUUGCCUGCCUCUGUUCCCCGACGCGCUGCGGGUUGCGGGCGACGCCGCGGGAGAGACAAAUAACGAGGAGACGCGCCGCACCGAGCUGCUCCGGAUACCUCUCCACGACGCGGCCUUCGGGUCCUUCGCUGCAGCGGAGAGGAGCCUGGCGGCGCGGACCGGCGACGUGAGAUCUCCACUUCUUCGCAAUCUCUCGACAGCCGCCUGCAUGUUUUCGUCUUCUCGGGGGAGAGCGACAGCCGCGCCCAGCGCUCAGGCCCCUGGCGACGCACACCGUCACGCGCGAGGCGAGGCGGUCAGAGGAGAGACGCGCGAGGAGGACGCGGCGCGGGCCUCCGCACUUUCGUCGGCGCUGGCGCCGCUCUCUCGGCAGCUGAGCUUCCUUCACAGCGGCGAGGCGCUGCCCGUGUGCAAGAGGAGGAAAAUGGAGACUCGUCGCAUAGAGCAGACAGUUGAGUCCUGCGCGAGGCUCGCGUCCGCAGGUCCUGGGACUGAGUGUCUGGGGCUGUGGGAGGGGGCGACGGCGGUCGCCGCCGCGCCUUCUCUCUCGAGCCACGGGCAGACCCCAUGCGCCGCAGGCGAUCUGCCGUCGUCUCAGGCGUCUCCUGGUUGCCGCCUGCUCGCGGCGCCGUCCUGGCAGGCCCUGUCGUCCUUCGUCGCUUUGUCGGAUUCCUCUCUCCCGGCGCUGUUCGCCGAGAUGCGCGCGACGUAUGCGAGACGGCGGCUGGAGGCGCUGCGAAAGGCACCGAGCCUUGCGUAUGGCAGUUUGCAGCCUUUCGCCCUCGAGGCCUUCCUGCGACACGCGCAGCGGCGGGAGGCGCGAAAACGCGAACGUGCCAACGCGAGCGGCCGCCGAGAAAGGCUGGAGGAAGCAAGAAAGGCGAAGACCGCAGGGGAGGGCGAGGGAGCGUGCGCGGCGCAGCCCAGACACUGCGAAGAGCCCGGAAGCAAGAACCGAAGAGAGGCAGAAGCGCUGGGAGAGGAAGCUGAGGCGACCGUCGCGCUAGACGAGGUCAUGCGAGAGAGAGAAAACGCGAGGCGCGUUCUGCUGCGCGCGGCCAGGGCAGCGGCGCGACAGGCGAGCGCGACACACGACGGAGGAGGCGAACGAGAAAGCGGAAAAGAAGCGACCUCGAGAUCUUGCGGAGCUCGGCAAGACGCGCUGUCGCAGUGGGACGCCUCAGCUCCCUCUGGGUUUUUUCCACGGAAUUUCUCGGGGGCCGUCGCGGCGUAUCUCUUCCUCACGAUCGGCUGUCGCUGCUGCGAGCUCCUGGACCUGUCCCGCGCGAUGCACGCCUCUGCGUCGUGUGAGUCUCCGCCAGCUUUCUCUCUUUGUUCUGCCGCGCCGCCGCGCGCAGAUGUUUUGUCUUUGCUCCGACCGAGCGCAGCCCAGCUGCUUGCGCGGCGCUUGCAUCUGAAGUGCCUGACCGUCGCACUGGUUGCCGUCUCGCAGGCGCGGGCGCAGCGCGAAGCCGCGAGCGAGGAAGCGGAGAAUGCGCGCGUCUCCGCGGAAGAAGAAGACGUUCUCGCUGCGGCUCGGCCGCCGCUGUGCCUCUGCACGGAGCCUGAGCUUCUCGGCGACAUCUUCGCCCUUCUCAGCGAUUUUCUUGAGGAAGAACGCGGGCGACAAGGAGGGGGCAGCAACCGACGCCACACGCAUGCACUUCACCUGCAGCCCGAAGCCUUCUGGGCGGCCGCGCGCGUAGCGGGUCUCAGUCGACAGGAAGGCCUGGAGAUCCUCGCACUCGCGCGCGAAUGUUUCCCCCUCAACCCUGAAGAAGCACAAGGAGACGCCGAAGAAAGGGGGGCGGCGGACGACGAAACAAGUGAUGCCCUCAUUCUAACGUUUUCCCUCGACAGACUCGUGAACGCUUGCGAGGCGGCCGCGCGCAACAGGCGCCUGCCGGGGGUGCUGUCGACUCGGACCAGCUCGCUGGGAUCGCCGCGAGGAGAAGGGGGAGGAGAGGGCGCACGCGUGGCGCGGCCUUGCAGCGCGAAGAAAGAGGAGGAUCUCGAAGGAACGCGAGGCGAUCGGGGGAACGAACCCGGGGUCCCACACGCAGGAAGAGGACAAAGAGACCUCGCACCGGGCGCAGGAGCCUCGGCGGGCGUUCGGGAACGAGAUAAAAAAAUCGCGAACUGCGAAGAAGAGCCGGCGUCGGGGUGUAGUCUCGCUCAGGCCCUCCGUCUGCGGGCGGCGUAUAGACAGUCUGCGGUGGAAGGUGCGGCGCUGGACGUCUCUAGCCAGUUUGCUGCGCCCGUCAGCGUCUUCACGCAGAUCCUCUCCUCGGCGCGCAACUCCAUUUGCCAGAAGGACGCCUGCGGGACCGAACGGGGAGAGGGGAGCAGACGCGGCUGUCUCCUUGCUGCCGAUAGAGAGAUGGACGCUUUUCUCGCGUCCUCCGCUUCUCUGCUGGCGCUGAGAGGCGGCGACAGCGACCUUCGGUGUGUCUCGCUCUCUCGUCCGGCGCGCGAAGAGAGAGAAAACUCUUUCUCCUUCUUGCGCGCGUUCCCCGCGCUGCAGAGGCUGCUGGCCUUCGCCGCAGAAGGCGACGGGGAAGAAGACGGACCAGAGAGGAAAGGUUGCGAAGAUGUUGGUGAGGAGGGCGCAGGCGACGAAGGGGAGACAGACAGAGAGUGCUUUGCUAUCGCUGCGAAUCUCCGGCUACUUCUUCUGCUGCUGCACUUACGACUCUUUCCUCUUCUUCUUCCUCUCCUUGGCCCUCUGGAGGCGUGCGUGGCGAGGAGGGGGCGGCGCGGAGCGUGGGAGGGGGAGGGAGAGCUCAGCUUCGUUAAGGGCAUGCUUCUUGCGCACCUCGCCAGCGAAGAGAAGAAAACUCUCAGCGAGAGAGGCCUGACAGCAGCAGGUCUCGCAGGCGGCGUGCGCAGCCAUUCCGGCGAGGACGCGCCAGCAGGUCCUUCGCAUCAGAGCCACGAGGCGGGAGUAGUGUGCGACGCGAGGUAUGGUGCAAACCAAGAGGGCGACGCGCAGGAGGCGGCGCGUCUUUCCUCCGCUUCCUCUGUGGUGUCUCCUGACUCGCCAGCACACGGGACGCGCCCUCUCGCCUUUCCCCUGGCUGAGCAGAAAGCAGAGGGCGCCCGUCGCGCUCAUGCCACGCAGCAGCCAGACAGCCCGGGCCCGCGCACGCGCGUGCGCAAACGGCCGUCGGCGUGCGGCAGCCGCCAGAUCUGGCUGGCGUCUUUGCAGGGCGACGAGAAGGACGGAGAGCGUGUGGGCAGCCAUGCAGGUAGAGAAGCAUUUGCGCAGGAGGGCGGGGGACUGCAGCCUGAGGCUGUGCUGUCUUCCAGCACGCGACGAAGGAAGCGAGCCAAGGGGGGUUCCAUUCUCAAUGAAGCGGAGAGAGGAAUCAACUCCAGCGACACUGCUGUGUCGUUUCAUCACUCCUCAUUGCUUGCUACCGCGGGCGACGCAGCGGCGCUUUCGGCAGAGAUUUCAGAGCCGGGGAUGUCGAGUUCCUCGUCGCUCCCCGCCUCUCGCGUCCCGCUCGGUCCACGCAGACCUCCGACGUCACGCUCAGGAGAGGCGACGGACGAGGAAGCCCUGGGAGGCCGCGAAGCGGAGGAGGAGACCUCGCGGGGUGCACGUACACCGCGCAUCGCUCAGAUGCACGUCCUGAUUGGCAGUUCGGUGGCGUGCAACGUGUUUCGGCUCUUUCUGCAGGCCCGGCUCCACAUGGAGAAGGCGCUGGCCUCGUGGCAGAGGCACGGAUUCGCUGUGGGGGUUUCCGGCGGCGUGCAGCAGCGCGUCUGGGAGAAGGAGGCCUAUGGCGUUUUGCUCGCUGCGUGCGCUCAGGAGCGCCGCAUGAUGGAAAACCUGCUGCGCGCGAGAGCUGCGCCGCGGCAGCCGCUCGCCGGAGAGGCGCCUGAGAGCGAAGCGCAGUUCUCUGCAUGGCGGCCGAACGAGCGCACACGCGAAUCACAGUGCAACCUGCAGAGACACACGGGUGGAAAUACCGUUUACGGCGAGAUGAGGGAAGCAGAAACUGAAGGAAACGGGAGGGCGGAGACAAGAGACGACCUGCGCGACAGCGAGCUCGAAGAGCGCCUGAUUCGAUCUCACCUGGACUCUGCAAGAGCCAAGUUUGCGUUCUACAAAAGGAAGCUGGCGGAAGCAGCGAAUGCGGGCUAG